AUGCCUCUCGACGACGACGACAACCCUACGGCGGCGCCGGCCGCCCAGCUCCAAAACGACUCGGGCGCAGGCGACGAGGCCGAGGACGAAGGGCUCUUCGACAUGCGGCUGUUCGCCUCCAUGUUCAACAAGAAGGGCGUCGCGAGCCAGGCGGUGCGCAGGGGCCAGAAGGACUUUGAGUCGCACGGCACGCGCGCGCAGGAGGACGCCCUCGAGACGAGCAGACAGGUCAUCGAGGAAGUGCUCUCGUAUUCGCGCGUGCACCGCGACGCCUGGAGCAAGGGGUGGUACUUCCCCGACUACUGGGCCGAGACGCUGCGGGCCAUCGAGGAGGACGGGGAUGCGUCCGGGCUCGCGAGGCCUGAGUACCUGCAGGAGUUCCUGGCCGAGACGGGGCCGAUGUACGCAAAGGAGCGGGUCGUGGUCGUCGAGGACCUCAAGGGCACGCAGGCCAAGUCGAUGGGCCGGGUCAUCAGGGGGCUCAAGGCGCCGAGGCCAGCGGUCGGGAAGCUGUGGCUCCUGCCCGAGGAGGCGCUGUUCCUCGUUGAGAGGGGCAGCCUGGACCUCUGGUGGCCGUUCCGGGAGCUGAAAGAUGUCUUGCCGCCACCGUUGGAGGGCAAGGCCGCGGAGGAACACGUGCACGAUCCAGAAAAGACGAAGGCGGGCCCGGAAGAGGACUCGGAUGACGAAUUCGAAACCGGCGUGCCACUGAGCUUACAGGCCGCAUACGCGUUCUUCAUCGGUCUGGACGGCGAGCGGGGGAAGAUUACGCUUCCGAAAUAUCAAGUCUACUCUCACCUCCGGCGGUUGGGAUACUACGUCCAGCGCGCGCCGCCCGACGCGGUCGAUGCCGCGCCUCGACGGCCACAGCCCGCACGGAAGUCGCUAUGGCAGUGGCUCGUCUCCCUCCUGGACAGGUCCGCGCCCGCGCCGCCGCCCUACGGGCCCCUCGUCAGGCCGGGCGUCUACCGCCAGUACACGCACGUCUACAAACAGCUGGAGCUCCUGGCGCGGUACCAGCCAUCGCCGACGGCGCAGGAGCCGGCGGCGCCCGAGGACCCGUACAAGGUGCACUGGCACGUGUGGAAGCCGUCGAAGCACCCGAACCUGCGCGUGACGGACCUGCCGCCGCCCGACAUCCGGAUCGCCGUCGCCGACGCGCGCGACGACGCGGUGCCGUCGUUAGAGGAGGUGGCGGCGCUGCUGGACUCGACGCCGUACGACCCGCCCGACCCGAAGACGAUGGGCGGGCCGGGACGGUUGUACCAGAGGCUCAGGCACGGGCACCGCAACGUGCUGAUCGCGGUCGUGGACCGCGGGCUGGUGAACUUUAUGAGGUUCGGGCAGGCGGCGUUCGGCGAGGAGAAGCUGUACGAGCGGUUCGACAACCGGGGCGGGAUCCGCGGGGGCAAGAGGGGUGGCAGGGGCGGACGGGGGAGAGGGGGCGGAAGGGGAAGGGGGCGUGGCCGGUGA